GCGCCAGUAUUUUAGGCUCGGUGGGAAACAGUGGCUGCUGCUCGUGUCAACAGAGGACAAAUCGAAGGAACAAGGUUGUAUGCUACAUUUCGUUAAAUUCUGUUAUCAAACCUUUAAAAAAUGUUUAAUUCUUGGCGUGCCAGUGACUUAUUUUCCUUAAUUGAUAGUGACAGUGCGUUUCGUCUGUCUUGUAAUACUCUGUGUGUUGUAACUCCAGUGCUGCUAAUAUGAGCUCCUGCAGCUCAUGCUGAGGCUUAACAGUCGGGACAUUAAGCUUAUCUGAAAAAACAGACGCAGACUCACCCCCGUUAAGGGGCCACAAUGAAACAGUUACUGCCCUAAAACAGACUGUUGUGAGGACGCGGGAAUUGUCUCUAUCGUUAUUAUGUUUUUAUACCUUCUGUUGCCUCACAUUGUGUUAAGCAAUAGCACUGUGUUGCAGCAGCCAGGAAACUCUUCAGAUAUUUUUCCUCCUGUAAGUAUUAUAAAACCUCUGAAAUAUACAUGAGUGUACUCAGUGAGGAUGCUAAUUCACGCUGUGGUCCUGACAGGUGUCAAACAUGACGGUGGACUGGGUUGGAUAUGGAUACGCAGCUCUUAUUGCAUCAGGAGGAGCCAUUGGUUAUGUGAAAGCAGGUAUGCGUGUAUUUAAAUACUAUAUUAAUAUUGAGUUUGUGAGGGUUACGUUGUAUAUCAUGCAUGUUAGACUAAAUGAUACUGAUGAUGCAUAGGGGAGAGUGGUGUAAGUUGAGCCACUCUCUGUUGCUUGGAAAUGGUAAAAGAAAUUGAUCAUGUUACCAAAUAUUAAGGAGAUGGGCAUCAGUUAAUGGAGUCUGUGAAGGUUAGAAGCACAUGAGUGAAGGUUAGACAUUUAUUUCCAAAAAAAAACAUUUUUCACUCUUGAAAGUGAAUUUAGUCUGUCAUAAGUUUUAUUAAAAUUGUGUUCAGACCAAAAAAAGAUCAUUUUAAAUUUGUUUUAUACAUCAAUUGUUGUAUCUAUGAGCUACAACAGGAGGUCAAAAACCCUAACAUAAAAGUCCACCAUUUUAGCUUAGAGGACUAAUAAAGUCAGAAUAGUAGUUCUGGGGUAAGUUGAGUCAGUGGCUCAAAUAAGAAAGUAAAGGAGUAUGAUGAGAUGAUCAGAGUUUCAGUUCAGAUUGUUGAAAUGUUUUUACUUUUUCUUUUCAAAAAGCUGUGAAUGUUCUGAAUCACUUAAAGACAUUCUCAUGUUAAAAUGACUUUUUACAAAACAGCUUUUUAGCAAUUAAAUGCAAGAAUAAAAAGAAUAAUUGUACCAGUUGAAUAGUGUAUAAUAGAUAAAAACACACAUGAAUGUGAAGAAGUGACUGUUAUUUAGGGAAAAAGAAGUUGAGGGAGGGCUGGGGUGGAGUGUGUGGGGGUAGUAGGGAUACGGCUCAACUUACCGCACUCCUAUGGUCAACUUACCACGUACAUGAGGUAAGUUGACCAUAGGAGACCACUUUUUUUUCGAGGCAUGCAAUAUUAUCAAGACAGUUAUGUUUUCACUCAUUUUGUUGGUUUGCAGGGAUGAACAACAUCUUGAAAUAUAUGCAGAUACACAAGUUAGAGACAAAACUAUGAUUGCCUUGAUGUAGUGAUCCAAAAUAUGAAAAAUGGCUCAUCUUACCCCACUGUCCCCUUUAGGCUGGCACUAUAACUGCAUUUGCUUGCUUGUGAUUGUUCUGCUUUAAAUGUUGUAGCCUUCAUUGUGCAAAUCGAACUGCUUUAGGGGUAUAAGUAUUAACAGUAUUAACUCCAUGCAUACUGAAACUACAUUCUGUCCCCAUUCAUAACAUAACUCAAACCAAGUUUUGCAGAUUUUGGGUUCACAUGAUAACCUGGAGUGUCUCUCCUUUCAGGUAGUGUCCCCUCACUUGCUGCUGGUCUACUCUUCGGUGGCCUCGCAGGUUUUGGUGCCUACCAGAUCUCCAAUGACCCCAAAAACAUUUGGGUAUCCCUUGGUUAGUGGAGUUAUAAUAUACAGUGUUUUAAGUGUUGAAAAGGCAUUCACUCAGUAAAGAGUGUUUGACCAGGACUGUUUUAGUAUAGUGAUGAUGCAUCAUGUUUUUUUAUUCACAACUAACCUUUUUAACCACAUGGUGUCGUUUAGCUACAUCAGGCGCACUGACGGGUGUCAUGGGAAAGAGGUUUUAUGGAUCAAGGAAGUUCAUGCCAGCUGGCUUGAUGGCUGGAGCAAGGUAUUUAACUCAUUUGUAUUGCUUAAUUUACUGUUCAGAAAUACUGUAAGUCUGAUAUCAUCUUGGUCUUUUCUUUUCUGGUUUUAAAAUACGUCCAUUGCUGUGUCCCUGGGGUCUAAAGUUACUGUCUCUUUGCAGUCUUCUGAUGGUGGGAAAACUUAGUCUGGCUUUGCUCCAGAAGCCCCAGGAGUCCUGAUGGAGAUGGCGACAUGUUAUCCACCUUGAGUUUGAGGAGAGCGUCAGUCAGCGUUUGUCAUUUCCUGUUGAACAUUAGCGUUGUUUUGUAAGAGAUAAAAGAGGAGUGCAUAUUUGAGAGUGAAAUAUAUCACCAUGUUUAUAUAACACA